CACAUCCGGCGCUGCCAAGAUGGCGGCGACGCGGCCUUCCCGGUAACGGAGCGGCCAUGGCGGCAGCGGCGGCUCACAGCGUCCGCGUCCUGCGGGAGCUGAACCGGCAGCGCGCGGCCGGGCAGUUCUGCGACGCGACGUUGGGAGUAGGCGGGAGGGAGUUCCGCGCCCACUGGCCGGUGCUGGCCAGCUGCUCCCGCUUCUUCCGAGCCCGCGGCCCCGGCGGGCCGGUGGCGCUGCCCGAGGGCCUGGCCGACACCUUCCAGCUCCUCCUCGACUUCUUCUACACCGGCCGCCUGGCGCUCACCUCACACAACCGCGCCCGCCUCUUGGCCGCCGCCGAGCAGCUGGGCGUACCCGACGCCGUGGCUCUCUGCCGCGCCUUCCGUCCCGCCGGGCCCCGCCAGCGGCCCCGCCGACCCGCCCCGGGGGACACGGAGAGCGCGGCCCCCCCGCAGCCCGGCGGCCCGGCGGUGCGUGUGGGACGCGAAGGGGGGCGGGACGGGGACGGCCGGUGGGGGUGACGGCCGCCUGUUCCCUCGCAGGCCACCCCCCCGGUCCCGGAGGAGGCGGCGGCGGGAGGCGGCGGGCGGGGGGACAGCAGCGCCGAGCCCUUUCCUGAGAAAAAGGCCCUACGGAGCAAAAAGAAAUCCCCCCCGGGGAAGGUGCCCGGGACACCGGGGAGCAGAAAAGGUACAGCGGUGCCGGUCGAGUGCCCCACAUGUCAUAAAACCUUCCUCAGCAAAUAUUACCUUAAAGUGCACAACAGGAAACACACUGGAGAAAAGCCAUUUGAAUGCUCCAAAUGUGGCAAGUGCUAUUUUAGAAAAGAGAAUCUCUUGGAACAUGAAGCCAGGAAUUGCAUGAACCGCUCGGAGCAGAUUUUCACAUGCUCAGUUUGCCAGGAGGUGUUCAAGAAGAGAAUGGAGCUGCGGCUGCACAUGGUGUCACACACCGGGGAGAUGCCCUACAAGUGCUCCUCCUGUGCCCAGCAGUUCAUGCAGAAGAAGGACCUGCAGAGCCACAUGAUCAAACUCCACGGUGCACCGAAGCCCCACGCGUGCUCCACCUGCUCCAAGUGCUUUCUGUCUCGGACAGAGCUGCGCCUGCAUGAGGCCUUCAAGCACCGGGGAGAGAAGCUCUUUGUCUGUGAGGAGUGUGGGCACAGGGCCUCGAGUCGCAACGGCCUGCAGAUGCACAUCAAGGCCAAGCACAGGAAUGAACGGCCUUAUGUUUGUGAGUUCUGCCACCAUGCCUUCACCCAGAAAGCCAACCUCAACAUGCACCUGCGCACACACACCGGCGAGAAGCCCUUCCAGUGCCACCUCUGCGGCAAGACCUUCCGGACACAAGCGAGCCUGGACAAGCACAACCGGACCCACACCGGGGAGCGUCCCUUCAGCUGCGAGUUCUGCGAGCAGCGCUUCACGGAGAAGGGGCCCCUGCUGAGGCACGUUGCCAGCCGGCACCAGGAGGGGAGGCCCCACUUCUGCCAGAUCUGUGGGAAAACCUUCAAAGCUGUAGAGCAGCUGCGCGUCCACGUCCGCCGGCACAAGGGCGUGAGGAAGUUCGAGUGCACCGAGUGUGGUUACAAGUUCACGCGGCAGGCUCACCUGAGGCGCCACAUGGAGAUCCAUGACCGUGUGGAGAACUACAACCCCCGGCAGCGGAAGCUGCGGAACCUGAUCAUUGAGGAUGAGAAGGCUGUGGUGGUGGCCCUGCAGCCACCUCCAGAGAUGGAGGUGGGCUCAGCUGAGGUGAUCGUGGAGUCCCUGUCCCGUGGCUCCCUGCCCGAGGAGGUCCCUGUGCAGAGACUCUGCUCAAAUGAGAAUUUCUCUACAGCGGAGGUGAUCGAGCAGUCGCUGAUUAUAAACACAACAAUUCCUGAAGACUGUGAAACGUAGCAUGACCGCCUGUGCGCGUCCUUCCUACCAAAACACAAUAAAGUGUUAGGCUGGAGCCACUCU